AUGGAUGCUCUGCGAGCCCUGCUGUGCCCGUCAGUCAUCAAAAUCAGAACUUCUUCAGCAUCUCGUUUAGUACAAAGGCACUUCAAUUCCAUGGCGUCCCAUGGAGAAGAUGUAGGCGAGUUUUUUCGCUAUACUACCGGGCGAUGGCUCUGGGACGAGAAGCAGCAGCUACUUGAACGGUACCGAGAAUUUAAUAUACAGGAACUCCAGGCCACCGUGGCACGCACUCUGGGUUCUCAUAACUGUGUUUCAAUGUCAAAAAUUGGAGAAGGCAAUUUCAACAAAGUCUUCCGACUUGUGAUGGAUGACGGAGCGGUAGCAAUAGCUCGAAUCCCCCAUCCAGAUGCCGGUCCGCCUCGGUAUACGACUAUGUCGGAAGUUGUUACUAUGGAAUUUGCAAGAUCAAUGCUUAAAAUACCAGUUCCUAAAGUGUUAGCAUGGUCUUCAUCUUCUGAUAACUCUGUAGGUGCAGAGUAUAUCAUUAUGGAAGAGGCUAAAGGCACCCAGCUCUCUCAAACAUGGGAUGAAAUGAAAUUACAUGAUAGGAAGCAGAAACUUCUCUCUGUGACCUUUGGCCACUAUGGGUCACUAUAUUUUUCCAAAGACGCUUUCCCUGGCUGUCAGCCGGCAGAUAUCAGUGGUGACGUCGCACAGGGGAUUGAGGAUGAGGUUAGAAAGCAUUUCGUCAUCGGCCCUACGACUCGCCGGGAGUUUUGGGAAAAGGAGCGAGCACUGAUGGAUCUGGACCGAGGACCUUGGAAAUCUGCUAGUGGGUAUGUGGAGUCCAUAGCCCAUCGCGAGAUUGCUUGGAUUUCCCAGUAUGCACGGAGGGAUUCCAUCAUAUCUGGCUACCCCAGGGGCAAAGGAAGUCAAAAAUCACCCCAGGACCACAUCGCCUUAUUGGAGAAAUACUUAUCUGUUGUUUCGAGGCUCCUUCCCGAUGAUUCUGACUCUGGUAUCCUGACAUCCACGAUGUCUGUCUGGAUUGCGCCUUUGCUUCUCCAGGCCAUAACCCCUCGAUUGAUCGAUUACCAUGGAGAGAUCCAGUUGAGACUUCCCGAAGACUUUAAAACGCUGCCCGAAGAAGAGAGGGAUCGUGUCAGAGACCAGGUCCAACGGUCUAUCCAGGUAUACCUUUAUGAAGACCGGACGGCAAGAGUCAACCCUCUUCUUGACAGGGCAAUUAGGAAACCCCAUGGGAAAACAUUGGCUCAGCUCGUGAGCUUUGCUGGAAACUCAUGGGAUGACCACAUUGUACCCCUGAGGGACACUCUGAUUGACGUUGAAAGGGAUUGGCCCAGGAUCUUUGAAACCGGCGAAUGCCUGUAUCAUUUCUCGCCCGAAGAACGCUCUGAACAUAGCGAAGAGUCAAAGGGCUACAGUGCGGCACAGGCUUUCUGGGAGAUGCUGCAGAGCCGAGUCCAGUCAGACGGCUGGACCACCGUGGAAGAUUUUGACGAUGCCGUGGAAUACUUCUCCCAGCUGCGAGAAGCCGGACUGGCCAGCUUGGAGGGCGAGGAGAGGGACGAGUUUGAAGCCUCGACUCGGUUUGUAGAGGCCCGCCGGGCAGAGCGAGGAUCCAGCGUGUGUGAUAUUAGCCAGAAACAGGGCUCGCAACCCAUCUAG